AAUAUAAAUUAAAAUCACUAUUUCAUUUCAUCUGUUGGAAUUCAUUUUUAUUAUCUGGAAUAGCCUUUUAUCGAGUUUUUCAAUAUAGACUGGUAUCUGGUAUACUGGCGAAAAUGAUUUUAACAAGUUUGAGAAAAUGUACCAUUCAGAUUUGAAGAACAUAAGAAUACUCUUCAACAUUCUCAGGUUUAAACCACACACAAUUUUCAGCUAAUCUUUAUGUAUUCAGUCCAUACCAAAUUUAACACAAAGUUUCAAGUCGUGUACCAAAAUCCAGAAUCUACAUUUUUAUUCGAGUUAAACGAUUUCAGCUAUUGCUCUUUAUUUUUGCUAAUGCCGAGCCCGAGCUGAGCUGCAAGGAGAUGCGUGCUAAUGCCACACGCCUGUCGGCUAGCUGUUGUCAGUUGACGCGUCCCAGCUUGGACACAGGCUAUGCAGAUUGUCGUGACAGCUUAAAGUUGCCCAAAGAUCGUCACUUUACCUUCGCCGAGCUCUAUACCAUCAACAUGUGCCUGGAAGAGUGCAAUUAUAUAGGCUCUGGCUAUAUUGAUGUGGAUCCGCCAUUUCGCCUGGACAUGGGCCGUGUAAGGCAGAACUUGGAGCAUAUACUGCCACAGCCAAAAGCCACAACCGUUGCCUUUAUGUUCGAUGCCUAUGCUAAGUGCGAAGCCUAUCGCGCACAGCACGCAGCUCGCUUUGCUCUGCAUCUGCCGGAUAUUGAAUUCAUUGAGGAGAAAUGCAACCCGUUCGCGUUGCACGUGACCAUCUGUGUACGCAUCCAUGCGAUGCAGAAGUGCCCCAAGCAGUUCUACUCGCCCAGCGCCCAAUGCCACAUGGCUCAAACAUUCUUUACGAAGUGCGUGGAUGACAUUGAAACGAAUCUUUCGUAGGAGUAUAUGGACACACGAACACACACACAUGCAGGCACACCUCUGGGCAAAAAGCAGCCAAAAAGGUGAUACGUGUAAAUGAAAUGUAUUAAAGUCCUGCAUGCAUAUAAAUUUGUGUUGCACUGACGCAAAGAAAAAAAGCGUUUCAAAAUAAAAGAAAAAGUCAUAAAAGUCAUAGAUGAAAUAUGGCAAUUUGACUUUGCUCACUGUGUGGGUUAGUUUUACAUGUGUGUGUGUCCUGGACUUCUAUGCUGCAGUGUCAAAACUGCAAAUUGAAUCUCCCUUACAUACAUACACACAUGCAGAUGUGCUCGCAUGUCAAUGUCCGCUGCUGCUGACUUUGCAUAACUUCGUCUGCUCCUUCAAACUUCCAAGCGUUGUGGCACUUGGUUUUAUAUACACUGUUGGAACCGUAAAAAAGGUUGCAUUGGCUUUAUGCAAUGUCCGUCUGUCCGCAAGAAAUAAGGUUGCAUGCUCGGAUAUGCCACAUAAAAUAGGGUUUAUUGCUGAUGAAUUUUUGUAUGUGACCUUAGAUAAUGUUGCCACGCAAUCAUUCUGUAAGUUUUCCCUUUUAAAUACACUGUGUGAUAGAGCAUGUCGUAGUCGGAAGUUGCCGCUUGCAACGUUUUUAGUUGUUUUUCGCGUUUUAAACUUUUUUCUUUAUUUUUGCACAUCCCUGAAACCGAGUCAGCAGUAAAGGUUGACUGGCGUCGGUGUCGCUGUGUAUGUGUGAGUGUGUGUGUGUCACAGGACAUGUUAUGCAACUGAAACAAAGGCAAAUUUAUGUGUUAGUCCAGUGCCUCUCAGCGCCUGCCAACAGCCAACAGCCAGCAGGCAGCUUGAGCCAUAUUGCAGGCCCCUCAGCGUCAGGUUAAAUGGAAUUUCCUUUAAGGCUCUGCUCGUGUUUGUUCAUGAGUCUUAAAACAAUUACCACAUUACUCGAUUUCUAGAUUUCUCUCUCACUCGCUAUCUUCUUCGUUAAGUCUUUUCCACAUCUUUUACUUUGCGUUUGUCUUGCUUUGAUUUGCAUUUUCAGCCCCCUCAAUGCCAUUGCCAGCGCCACCAACUGGCAAUCAAAGAGCUUUUGCAUUU